AUGUCCGCCCAGAUCGAAGCCACCCUCCACGACUUCCCCUCCCUCUUCUCCCUCAAGGGCAAAAUCGCCGUCGUAACAGGCGGCUCCCGCGGCCUCGGCCUCCACGCAGCCUCAGCAUUCAUGCAAGCCGGCUGCUCCAAGGUCUUCAUCUCGUCCCGCAAAGCAGCCGCCUGCGAAGAAGCAUGCAAGGUCCUCAACGCGCUGCCCAACCUGUCGCCCGGCGCCACGGCCAUCCCCGUGCCCGCCGACUCGGCCACCAUGGACGGCGUCAGGAGCCUCCUGGCGCAGGUCAAGCAGCACACCGACGCCGUGGACAUACUCUUUGCCAACGCGGGCGCGACCUGGGGCGAGGCCUUUGACACGCACCCGGACCAGGCCUUUGCGAAAGUCAUGGACCUCAACGUAAAGGCCGUCUUCAACACCAUCCGCGAGUUCGCGCCGCUGCUGCAGAAGAGGGCGUCGCUCGAGGACCCCAGCCGCGUGCUCAUCACGUCGAGCGUGGCCGGCCUCGGCGUCGGCACCCUGGGCAAGCAGGGCACCUACGGCUACUCGGCCAGCAAGGCCGCCGUGCUGCACCUGGGCCGGAACCUGGCGCUGGAGCUGGGCCCCCGCGGCAUCACGGUCAACUCCAUCUGCCCGGGCUUCUUCCCGAGCAAGAUGGCAAACGGGCUGCUGGCCAUGUCGGGCGGCGCGGACAAGAUUGCAAAGGCGAACCCGAUGCGGAGGCUGGGCAGGCCCGAGGACAUUGCGGGCGCCGUGGUCUAUCUGACGAGUCGCGCUGGCUCGCAUGUCAAUGGGGAGGCGAUUGCGAUUGAUGGCGGCGCGCUGUGGUCGCGUGGGGAGAUGUUGGUUGAGGAGCAGUCGAAGCUGUAG